AAGGAAGGUUUUGCCUUGCAGGCCGAAAUAUGUGCAGUGGAUGGAGCUCUAGCAUUUAUCUGCAGCACGUUAACCUACAAGUCACAGUCCAAAACUCUAGCCAUUGUUGAGAAUGGAGGUGGAAUACUCAGGAAUAUUUCUAGUCAUAUUGCUGUCAGAGAGGAUCUUAGGCAAGUGCUAAGGGAACACAAUACAUUGAGCACAUUGUUAGGGCAGCUACGUUCACCAAGUCUAACUGUGGUGAGCAACGCCUGUGGAACACUUUGGAACCUCUCGGCAAGAUGCAGUCAGGACCAGUGUAUGUUGUGGGAACUUGGUGCUGUUCCAAUGUUACGAUCACUGAUUAAUUCAAAACAUAAAAUGAUAUCAAUGGGCUCCAGCGCUGCUCUAAAGAAUUUAUUGCAAGCACGACCAGAGGGAAUGUCUUUGACAGAUCCUCGGCAUGGCAUGGGCUUGCCUUCCUUACAAGCCCGUAAACAGAAAGCUCUAGAACAGGAAUUAGACCCAUCACUAUCUGAGACAUGUGAUAACAUUGAGACUUCCCCACGUUCUUCUCCAACUCUUCCUCAGGGUAGUGAUCCACAUUUUUAUGGUCAGCCAGGAGAUGCUUCCCAGUACUAUCCAGGUACCAGACCCAUGUUUCACUCUUUGGGAGCACAGUAUAAUAAUGUAUUGCGAUCUGAGAGUAGAGACUCCAUAUCCUCAACCCAUUCUGAUAAUUCACACGAUCGAAUGAGGCAGCUGUUAAUGAGGCAUCAUCAAAGUAAUCGUGAAGGCAUUGGUGAAAAUGGUAGACCUUUAGAUUUAUCACUUAGAUCUAUGGCACCUCCAUCACAUUGUGUUCCAGAUAUUGCACACAUGAGCCAAGAGGAAUUGCAGAGACAUCUGGAAUCAAAAGAAUUUAAUGGAAGUGCUGAUGAGAUAUUUGCUUCACGUGUUAGAAGCAUGAAAGAUGCAUACAGCCGUCAACCUAGUGAAUCAGUACCUUUUAGUGAUAGUGUAAGUGGUAGUGCCAAUAUUAGCCGAAAUGGGUCAUUCCAAGCUUCAGGUCCACAACCACCAUACAGUCCUCGUAGAAGGUCAUCAAAUACAAGUGAGGAUGAGAGAAGUGGAACCGGAAGAAGUUUUGCCAGUGGCAAGCAACAGCAGCAGCAACCUCACAAUGAAGCUCAUUAUAGUUACUAUAGCAAAUAUGUGAAUUAUAGCCGCAACCUGGCAGAGGUAGACAUCGAAAAUGAUGCCCAAGAAGAGCCUCUUAAUUACAGCCUCAAGUGUGGUGCAGGAACAACAAUGAAAACACCAACUAAUGAGUCAAUGGCUAAUAUAACACAGGGUACUGAAAGACCAGUACCUCAGAUUGAUAAUUAUGUGGUGGAGAGAAGAGAAACUAGAAAAGCAGAGCCACAUCCUGAAGCUGAGAGAGAGCCAGAGAACUUCACUGGUUAUACAGAAACAGACCUUGACCAGCCUACUAACUUCAGUCUAAGUAUGCUAUUGGGUCAAUCUCUGGUACUGGUGGAGUUACCCGAAGCUAAUCAGUAGCAGUGCGAGGGACCGGUACAAGGCAGAGAGAGCAACAGAUCUCUGGAUAAUUUUGAGCAAAAUGAUGACUUUGAGUGGUUUGUAACUACUGUGAUCUGCUGAUAAUCUU